AUGCGGUGUUCAACACGAUUACUCACGUAUCGCACAUGUUUGCUCUUACAACAACUGCCGAUGCCUAUGCCGCCUCCCCGGCCAGGAGUGACGGUUAAUAUGCAGAACGCUAUGGAAAUGGAGGCAAAGCGGCGAAUGGAAUUAGAUGAAGCCACUCGAAGUCGUUUCGUCGUUGUUAAGGAAGAAACACGAGAACGUAAUGGUCGUGUUAUUGGUAUUGAUUUAGGUACAACCAAUAGUUGUAUUUCAUAUAUUGAAGAUGGAUCGAAUAAACCAAAGAUUAUUCCCUCUCCAACAGGAUCAUGGGUAUUUCCAACGGCUAUCACGUUUGAUAAAAAUCACAAGGUUCGUUUAUAUGGAGAAGAGGCUCGUGCGUGUGUACGUACAAGUGCUAGUGCGACUUUAUGUAGUGGUAAACGUCUUAUUGGUAGAGGUGUUGGGGAACUUGGUCGUGUACAAUCACAACUACAUAAAACGAAUAUGUUGACAUUAAAUGAAAAAGGUGAAAUUGCAGUAGAAAUUAUGGGAAGAACUUAUACAGUUGUUCACAUUAUUGCUAUGUUUCUUAGAUAUUUAAAACAUGAAGCUGAAAAGUUUUUAAAAGAACCGGUAGAUGCUGUUGUGGUUAGUGUCCCUGCAUUCUUUACACCACAACAGAAAGUGGCAACAGAAGAUGCGGCACUCGCUGCGGGAUUUGAUGUUCUUGAAGUGAUAGAUGAACCUUCAGCUGCUUGUUUAACACACACCGUACUGAGACGAUCUACAAAAAAAGAAAAAAAAGAAAUAUCUAUACAAAAACAUAUUAUACGUUCAUUAGUAUUUGAUCUUGGUGGAGGUACAUUAGAUUGUGCUAUUAUGGAACAUGAUCAACGUCGUGGUACCUUUACACUUGUGGCUACACAUGGGGAUCCACUUUUGGGUGGUAAUGAUUGGGAUUCGGUACUUUCUCAACAUUUUGCAGAUCAAUUUGAACGUAAAUGGCGUGUACCUUUAGAAGAUGCGGAAGGAAAUGUAGGACAAGGUGUAGCAACCUAUAGACAACUUCUUUUAGAAGCAGAAAAGGCAAAAAUUCAUUUUACUCAUUCAACAGAUCCUUAUUAUGGUUAUAAUCGUGCUUUUCAUUUUUCUGAAAAAUUACGUGAUAUUAUUCCAUUAGAAGCUACAUUAACACUUGAGGAGUAUGUUGAAAUUACACGUCCUCUUCGUAUACGUUGUAUAGAAUGUCUAAAUAAAUUAUUUGAACAUACGAAAUAUCAUGUAACGGAUAUUGAUAAUGUUUUGCUUGUUGGAGCCAUGACUCGAGAUCCUCCUAUUCGUCACAUGUUAACAGAGUACUUUGGUCGUCCAGUCGCUUCAGAGAAUUCAUGUCCGGCUGAUUACGCCGUAGCGAUUGGAGCUGCUAUUCGUGGGGCCAUGCUGCAAGGGAAAUUUAAUGAUUUAUCCGCCAAUACCCGAUUUGUCACUGGAACUAUUCAAUCCAUGCGGCAUGGAAGUUUAUUUCGUCGUUUGUGGAAUCGCGUGGGUUCAUUCCUUUCACACUCGGGGAAUCCCAAUGCGAUUGGUCAACGAUGGCGAGGACGGGCUAAAGGUCUGAGUGAUCAAGAAAUUGCCAACUAUGCAAAGGAGUUGGUAGAAUUUGAGGCUGCAUGUGACCGGCGUUUAUUAUUAGAACGAGCAGAGAAUGAUGCGAAUUUUAUUAUGCGUCGAGUGACGGCGGAUGCCAACAAACGGCAGGGAAUGCAAGAAAAGCGCGUACGUCAAUUAAGUGAACAACUGAAGUUUUGGCAAUAUAUGGUACAUAACUUUCACGAUCAUGAAGAGGAACUUAUGCGUACGGUGAAGGAGUUGGAACAGGCAUUGGAUGAGUUGGAGGGUUACGCGGAGGAUAAUACAUCUAUGUUGACAGGCGAAGGAACGGUGAACUUUGCAAAGGCAACACCCAUCAAUUAUUGCAGUGAUGAUGCAAAAACCACAACUAGCAACCAUACAUCAUCAUCAACAACAACAAAUCCUUCUCCUCCUCCUCCUCCUCCUCCUCCUCCUUCUCUUACAUCGACAGAAGAGAGAGUACAACGUAAGCAAGAAGGAGGAGGAGAUAAAACCAAGACGAAGGGUCCUAAAAUCAUCCGUCGUCCGGUUCCACUUCCAAAGGCAAGUGCAGAGGCGCAAGAACUAGUGGAAGCGGGUCAUCCUGUAUUACGCGGUGCGGAUGUUAACAUGACAGAAGCCACACGUAGUUCUUUCUUUGAAGCACAAGUGGAAGAACGUGCUUGGCGUGAACCACCAACACCUCCUGGUGAAGAAGGUUCAUGGCAGGAAGUUAAACGUGCUGUGGAAGCAGGUGAGGCAGUGGGUAGUCCAUUUACGUCACAAGAAAUGCAGAGACCUAUGACAUAUGAUGAAAUGAUGCGUGUACUUUACACUAUAGCACCUAUUGAUGAUCCUGUUAGUGAAGAACAUGCAAGAAAGCGUGAUCUUUCACUUCGCUUACAGACUAUGACGAUUAUUUCUGGUGCAGUAGAUAUGGAGGAGUUAGAGUCACGUUUGAAUGAGAACGUUAAGGCAGAAGAACAAUCACAACGUACCCAGAAAAAGGCAGAGAUGAAUGCUGCAGCUAAUGUUUCUGCAAGUCUCUUUAGGAGGGAAUAG